AUGCAGAUUUUCGUCAAGACCCUCACGGGGAAGACUAUCACCCUUGAGGUGGAGUCUUCCGACACCAUCGACAACGUCAAGUCCAAGAUCCAGGACAAGGAGGGCAUCCCCCCCGACCAACAGCGACUCAUCUUCGCUGGUAAGCAGCUCGAGGAUGGCCGCACCCUGAGCGACUACAACAUCCAGAAGGAGAGCACCCUGCACUUGGUGCUGCGCCUGCGUGGUGGUGGCAAGAAGCGCAAGAAGAAGGUCUACACUACCCCCAAGAAGAUCAAGCACAAGCGCAAGAAGACCAAGUUGGCUGUCCUCAAGUAUUACAAGGUCGACAAGGACGGCAACAUUGAGCGUCUCCGACGAGAGUGCCCCAGCGACACCUGCGGCGCUGGUGUCUUUAUGGCCUCUAUGCCUGACCGUCAGUACUGUGGCCGAUGCCACUUGACCUACGUCUUUGACAAGCAGUAA